CAGGCUCCACGGUGCUAUUGGCAAGAGCAGAGAUGCUAUUUUGGGCAGUGUGUAUGGACUUGGCUUAAGUGGCAUGAGCCAAACCCUUGCCCUACUGACCUCUUCCCUGGAGAAACACAACAAAACUCAAAGCCACCCUGCGGAAGGCCAAGAGGCCGGCACUAAGUAAGGACUUGGGAGAGACUGUCCAGCUCCAUCCAGUUCAGUUGCAGUUUGAACAUGCUUCUGUGAUGGAGAGACAGAAUCAAGACCAGCUGGGACGUUCACAGAGGGACUGAGACGGAGGCUAAAAGACACAGAGCACUUCUACCUGCAGGUCCACCCACGACUCCACAAUGGCCCCCGGGUCUGUGCGUGAAUCCAUACAAUCAGUGCUACAGAGGAAUACGGUGCGAGAGUUCCUGGCGGAGUUCCUGAGCACCUUUGUCAUGAUGGUGUUUGGCCUGGGCUCCGUGGCUCACAUGGUUCUAGGGGGAAAGUUUGGCAGCUACCUCGGUGUCAACUUGGGUUUUGGCUUUGGAGUGACCAUGGGAAUCCAUGUGGCAGGCGGCGUCUCCGGGGCCCACAUGAACGCCGCGGUAACCUUCACCAAUUGUGCACUAGGCCGACUGGCCUGGAAGAAGUUCCCUGUAUAUGUGCUGGGUCAGUUCCUCGGAUCCUUCUUUGCUGCAGCUACCAUCUACUUAAUUUUCUAUGGUGCCAUUGACCAAUUUGCAGGUGGAAGCCUGUUGGUGACAGGUUCCAGGGCCACUGCAAACAUUUUCGCCACCUAUCUUCCUGAUCACAUGACGCUGUGGCGGGGCUUCCUGGAUGAGGUAUUCGUGACUGGGAUGCUCCAGCUGUGCCUCUUCGCCAUCACGGACAGGAAGAACAAUCCAGCCCUUCAAGGGACUGAGCCCCUCGUGAUAGGCAUCCUUGUUUCCGCUCUCGGGGUGUCCCUAGGCAUGAACACAGGAUACGCCAUCAAUCCAUCCCGUGACCUGCCUCCCCGGUUCUUCACGUUCAUUGCUGGCUGGGGCACACAAGUGUUCAGAGCUGGGAACUGGUGGUGGGUGCCGGUGGUGGCACCCCUUCUGGGCGCCUACUUAGGUGGCAUUGUAUACCUGGCCUUAAUUCACCCCGACAUGCCACAGAGUCCUUAAAUACUGGAGAAGUUUACAGCCAGAGACCAGAAGAUAACUGUAUCAUCCAAGGAUGCAGGUUCUGUGCCUCUAGAGCGCUUCUAAGUAGAGCUUAUCUGUGACCACAACCCUAUUGCAAUAAAGCACACCUCAUACCA